CACCCACGCCCGCUCGCGCGCCAUCUAGGCAUCUCGCUCGCAACGUGCGCCGUUCUCCUCGCCUCGUUCGUCCUCUUCCUUCUCGUUGGCCUCUCGCUCCCCAUCAUCAAGAGCAUAUACCUCUUCACGAUCACCUUCGCGCAGAACCCGGACCAACCCGUCACCUCAGUCGCGAACCAGCUUCGCCUUGGCGUUUGGGGCCUUUGCGCGAUGAGCCCGCUCGACCCGCCCGGCGGCGGCGAGUGCUUCGGACCCAUGAUCGGAUAUACGAUCCCCCCGGAGGUGGUCGCGCUCAUCGGCGAGCCCGAUAUCACUCAGGACGUCAGCAAAGGUGUCACCGCGCUCCUCGUCCUCCACCUUGUCGCCGCAGGGCUCGCGUUCAUCGGCAUGUUCACCUCCCUCUUCCUCGAGUCCCAUGCCCUGUGCAUCGUAUCGCUCGUCACCACCAUCUUCACGCUCAUCGUCGGCCUCGUCGUUUUCGGGGUCGACCUCGCGCUCAUCCUCAUCGGAAAGUCGCGCAUCGGACCCUUGACGGACUUCAACUAUGUCGCGAACUGGGGACCGGCGUUGUGGAUGGUGCUCGCGGGCGUCGUCCUGAGCUUCGUUGGGAUGAUCCUCAUGAGCGUUGUGGUAUGCGAGUGUUGCGGGGUAGGGAGGAGGCAC